AAGCACAAUGUGCACGGAGUCAUGAGAGAGCUCCUGGCCAAAAUAAUUGCUAACAGGCCUGAAAAUCCUAUAAAAUUCAUUGCAGACUACUUUGAGACCUUGACAUUGGAUGAUCAUCAGCCUACAGAUUUGAUCAGCAAAGCCGUGCAGGUGUUAACCUUGACCCAUCACAGUCGACCGAUGUUUGACACCAAUGUACAGACAGCAUUCCAGUUGCUGAACAAAUACACAAUAAACAAGAAACUGCAGGGAAUGAAUGGAACAGUUCUCAGCCACAUUCUUCAUGCACUUUGCAAAAACAUUCCACCAGUAAUUAGCAUACGUCUGUUCAAGAGACUAGAAUGUUUUGAGUAUGAGGCAGUUACAUACGAUGUGUUCAGAUCUUCAGUGUUCACAUGCUGUGUUCUACAAGAUUAUAUUACCAUAGCUGAUAAUUUGUUUCAAACUCUGGAUGUGCAGAAAUCUGGCAAAGCUGAUAAACAUCUCUGUGAUGUGGCCCUGGAGCAGCUCAGGAAUGCGCUGGCAAGCUCACGAACUGACAUCAAGAGAAUUGUGGAAUCGAGCUACAGUCUCAGCCCAGAUGGACUCUUUACAGCAUUAGACAAGGCAAUGUCCAGAAGGCACAGUCAAGGGUUUUACAGUCAGGACCAGUUUGUGGCUGAAGCUUGCGACUCAUUCCUGGCAAAG